CAACAUUAUUGAUAUUUCUUAGGUCUGAAUUCCUGCUCUAAAAAGGAGGAGGAGGAGGAGGAAGAAACUUCACCUGACAAAGGGAGAAGAGGAGGUGGAGGAAAAGUCAGCUGCAGGCAUAAAGGUAAAAGGGAAAAAAUAGAAAUAGAAAUUGACAUCUAACACUUAAGAACAUUUUUAAACCACCCCAGUCCUGAUAUAUCCCACCGACCCCCUAACCAGCACAGUACAGUACAGUAAAAAUCCAGUAAAGUGUUCUUAUUUAUUUGAUUGGCACCUCCUGGCUUCCCCCAUGUAGGUUUGUCUCCUUUUCCUUUUCUAGUUAGGCCAUCUAAAGGUGACAAAGCAAUGGGUGGAAAACUUAAUUUCAUUGCUUGAAGCAGGUACCAUCUUUUUCGCUCCAGAGGACGCCCGUUUCCUCCCCUAAAAAGGAAGGGGAAAUGUCUGUGCGUCUUCUGGGGCGAAGCCAGCAAGAGCGGAGCCGGGAGGAGGGAGGGAGGGAAGGGGAUCCAUGCAGCGGAUUCCCUCCUCCCAGGCUCCCUUGGAAGCAGCAACGCGGGAGGGGAGCCCCUUACACUCGGGUCAGCAGCUCCUCUCCCCCUUUCCUGCUUCAAAUCUGCUGCCCUUGCGAGCGGAGGAUCCAUGGCUCCGCUUCCUUCCCUCCUCUGUGGGGAAAGAGGGCAGGAAAGAGAUGGCGGGCAGGAAGACACAACCACCCUGGGACCACUGGAAAGUCCACCUCAGCCUCCCCAGACGGCCAGGCUAAUCUCGAUGGCCGGAAGAGCUGGAAACUUGCAAGGGCUGUUUAUUUAAAGACGAAAACAGGCGCACACGGGAAAGACAUCCUCCCCGGUUCCUGGACACAACCCACGCUUGAUAUUCGCACAGCUUCCAUGGGUGGCAUUGGCAGCUGGAGGAGCAGCCUGGUGAAAGAGCAAGUCCUGGUUUCAAGCUGAAGAUCAGCUCUUUCGGGGGGGCCUCAAACAACCCUUUGGCUGCAAGGGGAAUUCCCCCUCCCUUAAUUCAGGAUGCUAGUCUACAGACGCUGUGUCUGCCUGCCCUUUCCCCUGAGCUGAAAAAGCACCUUCAGGAGGGUGAUGGGAGGCGACACAGUCGUCUUCCAGAUGUGCAAAGAACCACCCUCGCCACGCUAAACGGGACAGCAAGCCUCACACAGAUCUGAAGCAUAAAUGGGAACCUAGGAAGCUGCCUUAUAUGGAGUCGGACCCACUACUCCAUCGAGCUUAGUAAUGUCAACUCUGACUGGCAGCAGUUUGCCAGAGUUUCAGGCCUGGAGAAGCCAGGGAUUGAGCGUGUGGUGUUCUGCAGGCAAAGCCACUGAGGUUACAGCUAUUCCCUUUAAAAACAAACUAAGAUUGUAGUCCCAUCUGCCUCUGCUCCAAUGUAAAUCGGAGCCAGGGCACACAAUGUCAGUUUGGGGCAUCUAAAACUAUGAAAAUGGGCUUACAGAUCUUGAGUUUCGGACACUGCUCAACCGCAUACUCAGUCAAAUGUGGAUGCCAAACAAAUGAACUUUGUGGUUAACCCUGAAGCCUGUUUCUUUCUCUAGAACGCGCCUGAUGGGCGUUUGCGCUGCCUCCCUUGGUUCUCUCGGCCUGAUGCGUUUUGGGGCUUGGCUGGUCCUGGAGUCUUGCAGUUGCUCUGGCCAUUUCUCCGGCUCAUCCUUGAAACAGCCUGGAGAGAUCUCCUGUAAGUCCCACUUCCUCUUGCCGUAUUACCGGUAGUUGCCACACGGGGUCACUGUUUAUUUUCCUGUUGAGGUCUAUUCCAGUAAUGGCCACACGAGGGCACUGUUUAUUUUCCUAUUGAGGUCUAUUCCAGUAUUGGCCACACGAGGGCACUGUUUAUUUUCCUAUUGAGGUCUAUUCCAGUAUUGGCCACACGGGGUCACUGUUUAUUUUCCUAUUGAGGUCUAUUCCAGUAUUGGCCACACGAGGGCACUGUUUAUUUUCCUAUUGAGGUCUAUUCCAGUAUUGGCCACACGAGGGCACUGUUUAUUUUCCUAUUGAGGUCUAUUCCAGUAAUGGCCACACGGGGGCACUGUUUAUUUUCCUAUCCAUGUCUAUUCCAGUAAUGGCCACAGGAGGGCGCUGUUUAUUUUCCUAUCCAUGUCUAUUCCAGUAAUGGCCACACGAGGGCACUGUUUAUUUUCCUAUUGAGGUCUAUUCCAGUAAUGGCCACACGAGGGCACUGUUUAUUUUCCUAUUGAGGUCUAUUCCAGUAAUGGCCACACGGUGUCACUGUUUAUUUUCCUAUUGAGGUCUAUUCCAGUAAUGGCCACACGAGGGCACUGUUUAUUUUCCUAUUGAGGGCUAUUCCAGUAAUGGCCACACGGGGUCACUGUUUAUUUUCCUAUUGACGUCCAUUGCAGUAAUGGCCACACGGGGUCACUGUUUAUUUUCCUAUUGAGGGCUAUUCCAGUAAUGGCCACACGGGGUCACUGUUUAUUUUCCUAUUGAGGGCUAUUCCAGUAAUGGCCACACGGGGUCACUGUUUAUUUUCCUAUUGACGUCCAUUGCAGUAAUGGCCACACGGGGUCACUGUUUAUUUUCCUAUUGAGGGCUAUUCCAGUAAUGGCCACACGGGGUCACUGUUUAUUUUCCUAUUGAGGGCUAUUCCAGUAAUGGCCACACGAGGGCACUGUUUAUUUUCCUAUUGAGGGCUAUUCCAGUAAUGGCCACACGGGGUCACUGUUUAUUUUCCUAUUGACGUCCAUUGCAGUAAUGGCCACACGGGGUCACUGUUUAUUUUCCUAUUGAGGGCUAUUCCAGUAAUGGCCACACGAGGGCACUGUUUAUUUUCCUAUUGAGGGCUAUUCCAGUAAUGGCCACACGGGGUCACUGUUUAUUUUCCUAUUGAGGGCUAUUCCAGUAAUGGCCACACGGGGUCACUGUUUAUUUUCCUAUUGAGGGCUAUUCCAGUAAUGGCCACACGGGGUCACUGUUUAUUUUCCUGUUGAGGUCUAUUCCAGUAAUGGCCACACGAGGGCACUGUUUAUUUUCCUAAUGAGGGCUAUUCCAGUAAUGGCCACACGAGGGCACUGUUUAUUUUCCUGUUGAGGUCUAUUCCAGUAUAGGCCACACGAGGGCACUGUUUAUUUUCCUAUUGAGGGCUAUUCCAGUAAUGGCCACACGAGGGCACUGUUUAUUUUCCUAUUGAGGGCUAUUCCAGUAAUGGCCACACGAGGGCACUGUUUAUUUUCCUGUUGAGGUCUAUUCCAGUAUAGGCCACACGAGGGCACUGUUUAUUUUCCUGUUGAGGUCUAUUCCAGUAUUGGCCACACGGGGGCACUGUUUAUUUUCCUAUCUAUGUCUAUAUCUAUAUCUAUAUCUAACCAGACCCCUCAGGCACUGUUGGGACACCUCCCAGAAGGGAUUUUUUGGGGGGGUCCCUCCAGCCUUCCUUCUCCGCAGGGACCACAAGAGGCAUCUAGUCUGACCCCUGAAAUGCAGAAAUCUAGUCUAGGCCCCGCUGCCCUCAACCAACAUGGCGCCGCUGCUGCCUCUUCCGCCCUUUCUUUCCCCUCCCUCUUUCCAGUCCCCUUGCCCUUGUCCAAAAUGGCCGCCCUAGCAACUCCCUCGCUCAAUCCAAUCUUGGCGACGAUAGGUGGGCCUUUAGGCCAAUCCCAGGCCGGGUGGUGGGCGGGGCCAGCCGUUUCCCGCUUUUUCUUCUCCCAGCUGUUUCUCAGCUGCUUCUCCUCAGCUGUUUCCCGCGACUUUGGGGCGCCUUUUUCUUCCUGGGAAACAACAAGAAAUUAUUAUUAGCAUUACUUUUUAAAUCAUGAUUGUUAUUAUUAUUGUUAUUGUUAGAAAAGGAGGCAAAGUUUGUCAUAUAGUAUGUUUUGUCGCGUUAUUAGUAUUCUGUGGGGAGCGGCUGGGAAAGGAGAAUAAAUGAGGAUUAUCCUUCAUUUUUCAGUUCCUAUCAUUAUUAUUAUAAUGGUUAUUCUGAUAAAAGGGUGAGGGAAGUUUGUCGCAUAUGAUGUUUUCUCAUUUUUUAAAUAUUCUGCUGGUGGCUGGGAAAAAGCAGUACAUUAUUAUUAUCAUUAAAUGUUAAAUUAUUAUUCUAAUUGUUAUUAUUAAUCACACCCACCCAAGUGGGACACGGCCUCUUCCCCCCUAAGCCUUAACACUAUAGUAUUUUUAUUUAUUUGAACUGUAUCUUGGAAACUGGAUCAGAAACAAUGUAUUUGUUGCAGAAAUUGCACACUACAUGUUACAAAUCGGAUGCCUGAAUGUAUCCUUUCCACUUGACAUCUCCAGGAAGUGAAAAAUAAAUAUAAAAAUAAGAUAAAAUCUACUCCUUUGCCAUUGCAAAGCUCUUUUCCCCUUGAAAUGGGACUCCAGGAAGGGAUUGUUGGCCAAGGAAAGCCUUAUUUUUAUUAUUAUUAUUAUCCCAUCCCCAAACUUGCCAGCAAUUAUCAUGCUUAUUCUUAUAAAAGGGUGAGGGAAGUUUGGAGUAUAUGACGUUCUAUCAUUUUUUAAAAAUAUGCUGUUGGGGGCUGGGGAAUAAAUUAUUAUGAUUAUCAUUAAAUUUUAAACUAUUAUUAUUAUUCACACACACCCAAGUGAGACAUGGCCUCUUCCCCGCUAAGCCUUAACAGUAUAGUAUUUUAAUGAUUUCAAUUGGGGGGAGAAGCAACUCCAGAGGAACUGGCUGUGAAAAUAAUAAUCAUUUAUUCUUUAUAUAAAAUAAAGUGCAGAUCUCCAUUGCUUUCCCCCUCAGGCCGCCCUUAAUGUCUUGGAAACUGUACCUGAACAGUGUAUUGUGCAGAUGAAGCACUGCUUGAAGCAGUGGUUUUGUAACCAGCUAAUUCCUCAAGAUCCCAAUUCCUCCACUUUUUAUUAAAUGCAGUUUCCUUGUGGUUCCUUCGCAGAUUCCUGCCUUGCGGCGGGUUGAACUGGAUGACCCUUGGGGUCCCUUCCAGCUAGAUGCACCAUUAAAUGAUUCUUGGGAAAGGGGUUCAGAAAGAAGAAACGGGG